GGGCAGUCCCCUUGUGACCCAGCGUGUCCCCGCAGGGGGGGGACGAUGCCCCUGGAGGUACCUUGGCCCUUCCCACCGGCCCCACGGCUGCCCUGGACCCUGGCCAGUCACCUGGUCACCGGCCUGGUGGGCACCUACAGCUGCUUCUGGACAAGGCACAUGAACCAGCUGCGGGUCCAUAACAAGGAGGUUCUGUACGAUCUGGUGGAGCGGCGCCAGCCCGGCACCCCCCUCAUCACCGUGUCCAACCACCAGUCCUGCAUGGAUGACCCCCACCUCUGGGGUAUAUUGAAGCUUCGGCACGUCUGGAACGUGAAGAGGAUGCGCUGGACCCCCACGGCCGCUGACAUCUGCUUCACCCGAGAGCUGCACUCACGGUUCUUCAGCCUGGGCCAGUGCGUCCCCGUGUGCCGAGGGGAUGGCGUCUAUCAGAGGGGGAUGGAUUUCAUCCUGGAGAAGCUGAACCGCGGAGACUGGGUGCACAUCUUCCCCGAAGGCAAGGUGAAUAUGAGCCAGGAAUUCAUGCGCUUCAAGUGGGGGAUCGGGCGACUCCUGGCCGAGUGCCGGCAGCACCCUGUCAUCCUGCCCCUCUGGCACGUUGGUCUGAAUGAUGUGCUGCCCAACACCCCCCCAUAUGUGCCCCGUGUCGGCCAGGUGGGUAUUUGGCGGCCUGCUGGGGGGGGUGCGGAGUGGAGCCCUUCCGUCCGUUGCACUGGCGGAUCACCGUUCUCAUCGGGAAACCCUUCAGCGUCCGGCCCGUGCUGGAGCGUCUCCAGGCUGAGAACAAGUCAGCGGUGGAGAUGCGCAAGGUGCUGACGGAUUUCAUCCAGGGCGAGAUCCAGGUGCUGAAGGGCCAGGCUGAGCGGCUGCAUCAGACAUUCCAGUGGCAGAGAUAGCCUGGGGGC